AUGUCUCGCGUUUCUUUUACGAUUGUACAGGAAUUUGUAGCUGAAAUAUUCAAUCAUACAAAUUCAUUUGGCAAAGCUGCUGCUUGCUAUUUUGUUUUAUCAUCAUCCGAUUCAUACGACACGCAAAAGAAACAAAUCAUUCCAGGACGGUGGCUCCUGAAGCAGGAUUCCAUGAAUUUCCGACUACCAGUUUUGACAUGGUCCUGUCGGUUCCGGCCCAAACCAGCUGAAUCCAGCCACCAGAUCCGCUCAUCUGGAAUACCCCAGAACCGACCAUUUCCGUGCCGGAUUGUUUCACCUGAGAUGUUUAAUAAUGCAAUCAAAUGUGCUAUUCUCUCGCCGUUCGGUGUUGAUCGAUCGAAGUUAUUCUUUGAUUUAUUUCAAAAUAAAAAGGCUAAACAAUCGGCAUGUUUCUUUAUGUUAGAGGAUUUCUUUCACAGCUCGAUUGUCUACUUGUCUUCGACGGAAAAGUUCGAAAAAUUAUUGGAUACACAUCAGUUAGGAGCAGAAACAAGAAACGGUAUGUGUAUGAAAUAUGGUACACGAGAAGAGUUCAGUUGA